GUUUUAUUACUAAUCCUGUCCCAAUACCUAUUAAAUUAGUUUGAAAAUAGGUCUACGAAAUUCUAUGAAAUGUGUUUACCGUGAAUCGAUAGUUAAAUGUUUACUAACUUUUUCUUCACCUGUAGCACAUACGUGUCAAAGUUUAUGAAAAUAUUAUUACGUCAUACGUUUGUGACCGAUUGAUUUAGAAACACAUAGUAUAUAAGUCACUACUAUGGUUGUCAUUAACCACAUUUCACUACAAUGGGUUUUAAGCAUCUAUUUGUAUUCACUGCUCUCCUUCUUUUGUGGAAGGUAUGCAAGGUGCACGGCCAGGGUGCCCGCGUGGAGUACGUUAACCAGCCUUACUGUGGGCCACCACUGGCGGCUGCCGUCCAGACCAGCCCGCAAGUCGUCGUCCCCGCGCUCUACAAGCCCUGCGACUACAUCCCGGAGCCUGCUCCCAUCGUGCCUAGCUUCAAUGGCUACAGCGGCAUCACCGGCUACCCUCCCAGCCCUAGCCCUGCCUUCUUCCCCGGUUUCCCUGGCCCCAUGCCCCCAAUCAUCGUUGAAGACGAUGACGAUGACAAGUAUCACCAUCUUCUCUACUUCCUCAUUUUCGCCAUGAGGAACAGGAGAUGCGGUGGUGGAUACGGAGGCUACGGCGGCGGUUGCAAUGGUGGCUGCGGAGGCGGGUGCGGAGGCGGAUGUGGAGGAUACGAUGGCGGUUAUGGAGGCUACAAUGGCGGGUGUGGCGGCAACUGCGGGGGCAGCUGCGGCGGCGGCUGCUCUACUGGCUACAAUGGAUGUAACAGCUGUGGUUUCCCUUACUUCCCUUACCCCUUCCCCAUUCCUAGCUGUGGAGGAGGUUACUCAACCUGCGGCUGUUCUGAUACUUCCUACAGCUGCGGCUGCAACGAUGACAGUUCGUGCGGCUGUCAGGGAGCCAACGAGAUCAACCUUAUAAUUAGAGCUGCUGAUUGCAAUAGCAAUUGUAACUGCAAUAGUUGUUGUACAUGCCGUUAAGAUGCGGGAUCUGUGUUUUACGUACGAAUAAACUUGUGUUGUGAAUAU